AUGUUUGGUUUAGAAACUGUUGUUCAAAGAUUCCCUGAACCAGGACACAGUUUUUUACCAUGCGACCGCUGUUUUGGUCAAAUAGAGCAUAGAAGAAGAAAAAUUGAAAAAGUAUUUCUGCCAAACCAAUAUCAAGAAAUGGUAAAACAAGUUUGUCCUUCAAAAUUCAAUGUUAUUAAUGUAACACAAAACAUUAUUUACAACUUUUCUGAAUAUCUUAAACCAUUUUUUAAAAAAUAUUUAAUUAGUACUAAUAAACAAAAAUUUACAAUAAUGGCAUAUCGUACACUUAAAUAUUCAAAAGAAGGACUAUUUUGUAAAGUUAUUGCUAAUUCAAAUGGAAAAGAACAUUUUGUUAUGGACGAAAAUAAGAUGAUAGGCACAUUGUCAUUUGAGAAUCUUCAACAGCUCCAUCACUCAAAAAUUAAAAUAAAACCUGCCAAAUUAAUUGACGUACACAGUCUAGCAGCAAAAUAUGUUCCACAAGAAUAUCUAUACUUUUAUCAGGGACUUGAAGAAGUGGAUACAACUGUAGAGGACCGUUUAACUUCAGAUGAUGAACUAUAA